CCGCGCUCCGAGGGGCCGGCUCCUCCUCCCGCCGCCGCUCCGCGCCUCAGAGCCCGCCGUGCCGAAGCGCAGCCGAGCCCGAUGGCCCGCGACGAGGCGGUGGCGGCCGGCGAGGAGGCGGCGGCCGAGGGGAGCGGCCUGCUGUUGGAGAUCGUGGGGUCCCCGCUCAACCUGAGCCUGCUGGGGCUCUGCCUCUUCCUGCUCUACCAGAUCCUGCGGGGCGAGCGGCCCGCGGUGCCGGCGGGCGAGGCGGACCCGCCGCCGCUGCCCAAGAUGAAGCGCCGCGACUUCACGCUGGCGCAGCUGCGGCCGUACGACGGGGUGAGCGACCCCCGCAUCCUCAUGGCCAUCAACGGCAAAGUCUUCGACGUGACCCGCGGCAGGCAGUUCUACGGGCCCGGUGGCCCGUAUGGGAUUUUUGCUGGAAGAGAUGCAUCCCGAGGUCUUGCCACUUUCUGCCUGGAUAAGGAGGCUUUGAGGGAUGACUAUGAUGACCUCUCUGAUCUCGACGUGACGCAGCAAGAGACCUUGAUGAACUGGGAGUCACAGUUCACUUUUAAAUACCCCUAUGUUGGUAAGCUGCUGAAGGAAGGGGAGGAGCCCACUGUGUACUCUGAUGAAGAGGAAAAAGAUGCCCAGGAUGCAAAGAAAGACUAGAGACUGCAAUGGGGAACAAUCUCUCUUUGAAUCAUCGAGGAUCAUUUCUAACAUUCCACUGCUGUUUUACACGUUGCAAUAGCAGCAAUUCUUACAAAAGGUCCAGAGUUCCAGUAAAUUGUUUCUUUUCGAAGGUUUCCUUUCCAAAUUCAGUGGUAAACUACUGAUGUUCUGUCUUUCUUCAAACCUGCAUAAUCUGAAGUACGAACGAAAAAUGUCUGUGCAAAAGUAAACUGCAAUUUUUGGCAAUAAAGGACCAUCACUGUUUUUCUUCUAUCACUAUUUAGUUCAGAGUAGGUCGAAAUCCAUUUUUUAAUUAACAACCUAGCACUGUGGACACAAGCACAAGAGUAACUUCACAUACGCAACGCCAAAUCCACUAAAUGUCAUUUUGUGUUAACCUCUGCAGGAUCUGGGCCUUGGGUUCUAAUUCCUUUAGAAAAGGGACUGCAUUUUAUUUGUCCAUGAAGCAUCACACUCAUUUGUAGUGCACUGCAAUUCACCAUUAUGUAAGAUAAUUUGGCUUUUAUACAUAGUGGCUUACAGACUAAACACCAACUACUUUUCAAAAAGAUAAGAAUUUUUGAGAGGAUAAAUCACUUUUAGAUACUUAGAGGUUAAAUCACUUUAGAUAAUAAGAACUGAUGAAUACUUGAUGUAUUCAGUCAUGCACAAUUAUGCAUGGAUUAAUAUUAUUUGUUUACUUUUAAAGCACAUCUGAAGUGUUACAAAGGUUUAAAUAGGUGUAACUAGGCAUCCCUAAAACCAGGUACACCAUGAAGUGUGACUUGACUGGACUACUCUUCAUUCACUUUUCCUCUUAGUAAAACUCUUCUGUGAGUUUUAAUGUAAUUUCAUUAAGCCAGGAAGAUGAGCUGCUAUUGAUUCUUAGGCCUAAAAGACUUGCUGGUAUGACACGAUUAACAAGUGCUCUUGUACAUGCAGCUUUAACUAGCAGAAGAAUGUUACUGGUCAAUGUAACUUACUCAAGAUUCCUGUACAAAAUAAAAUAACAUGGUGUAAGCCA